UUUUGUGUUCAUAUAUUGGGCGGGAAACAAACUGAUUCAUUUCCCCCUUUAAUUCCCUUUUCUUGUUCUUGUAAUCUGAGAUAUACUGUAAUUGGAAAAAGUCGGAUAGGAAAGAUAAGCAUCAACGGAAAUACGCGCUCAAGGUGUUCGACGAAAUUCCGCACAGAGACAAUAACUCUAUAAGAGAUGCCACUAGAACCGAUUCGAUUCUUGAGAACCACCGCAGGCGUUGCUGUUGGUGGGUUUGUGAUAAUAACCGCGGUUUCUUCAGCAGCUUUAGGAGCAUUUCGAUAUACAAUUGAAGAGAAACGGAAGAAAAGCGGAAUGGCUUGUAGAGUGUGUCGUGGAAAAGGGUUUUACAUAUGCAAAUUAUGCAAAGGAAACGCAACGAUUAAAUGGUCACCAUUGUAUGAUCCCGUUUGUAUCAAUCCAUGUCUUUGCCCUACUUGCGAUGGUCACAGGGUACAAAAAUGUCUCAACUGCUUAGGAAAGGAGUACUGGUAGACUCCUUAGGUUUAUGAUUUGAUCAUCUUUAUGCUUCUGAGAACUCGAAAACGGUUUGGUUUUUGUAUACAGCUUUUACUAAUAUUAAACCCUAGAAUAAGCUCUUUUAUUCCUUUAUAAAUUUC